AUGUCGAAUACAAGAGAGGGAGCAACCCCAUUAUCUUCAGAUGUGCAGAUUGAACAUACUGCACAGCAGGCAUCCCAUAUUAGACAAGACCCGCCUAUCGAGCAGUCUGAUUCAUCGGAUAGUGAUGUAGAAAAUAUUCAACAAUCACGUAGGAACAUUGGAGGUACACCAGGAGAAGGUGACCCAUUGUUGGUGAAGAAGAAGAAAACGAAGACGAAGGGGAGGAACAGAUUAUUACAUCCAGAAGAUUAUAAUACCAUUGAAAAUGCACCUCCUGAAGAUGAUGAAUACUUAGAUGCUGAAUUUUAUGCCAACAAUGGUAGGUUCCAAGUACAUAAGAAUUACAUUGUAUUCUUAAGUAAUUGGAAGUCUGUAUUAAACAUUGUUUUAUUACUGAACACUCUUUUGUUGAUUAUAAUGUUCGUUUCGGAAUUUUUCUUUGAGAUUUUACCGACCUCUAGACUUGCAAGUUUUAAUAACUUUAUUUUGAUAUUAAUAUCCUUAAUUGGAAACUGUUUCAAUCUUUGGUUUAAUAAAAUUGGUCUGUUUUCACCAUUUGACCUUCAUUUAAACGUUGCAUUGACAAUUUUGCCGCUACUGAACUUGUUGGUUAUUUUAUUCGUGAAAUAUACAAGACAAAGAAUUAAUAAUAUCUCCAUUGUGAUCCAUUUAUGGACAGCUUUGACAUUUUCCCUAGGUAUUUUCCAGGCUUACAAUCUGAGAAGGUACAUCAAGAAUUUAUCACCUCCAACUGCUCAAAACAAACAUACAAUGACAGAAUGGAUAGAAAUAGCUUUCCGUAACAUAGUUAAGUUCAUAUCUCUAAUCUUACUUUUGUUAUUGUUAUUUACUACCUUUUUACAUUCAAUCGACCUCAGUAAUGCAUUGAGACAUGUAAAUAAAGAGGAAAGCAUGUUUGUAUGGGCCGAUCAAGCACAUACUAAGAAGUUACAUAUUGCGUGUCAUGGAGUCGAUAUAAACCCUUCCUCGGCAUCUGAUAAUUUAUCCCACCAACCUAUAGUUUUAUAUGAGCAUGGUGGUGAAGAUACCUCCUACACAUCUGGUACAUGGAUAGAGGAGUUAUAUAAUCUUGGUAAGAUAGAAAGGUAUUGUGUCUACGAUAGAUUUGGGUAUGGGUUAAGUGAUUCUAUAAGUGCUCCUUCAUCUUUAAAAAAAUCCGCAGAAGCUUUAAGAUAUGCACUGGUUGAAGAAUUACAAUUAAAAGAUAAAUUUGUAGUCGUAGGAUAUGAUUAUGGUGCUUUGGUUGCCAGGGUGUUUGCUGCUAAUAAUAGAGACAUUUGUUCUGGCCUGUUAUUAGUUGAGGGCUGGAAUGAAGAACUCCUAUUGAAACAUUAUUUGAGGAGGAUAUUCCCAGGUGAUGGUAACGGCCAGGAUCCUAAGAAUCCAGAUGGUGGUAACGACAAAGGGGAUCGUAUAGAUUAUGGAAUUCCUGAAAAGGAAAUUGGAAAGAGAUAUACUAUUCAAACUUGGUUGUAUGGGAUUUGGUCUGCAUUUGGACUGAAUCUGCAGACUUCGUGGUUCGUUUCACACCGUGGGUCUAUGAGUAGAAUAUUUGGAAAAGAUAUGGUGGAAGAAGGAAGCUUUAUUAGGAAUAAAGUGCUCGAAUCUUUGUCUAGUUCAUUGAUAAGUUAUAAUGAUAUUUUGGCCUCCAAUUUGAAACUUCAGGACAUCAAAUUGAGUGUUGUAAGUUCCAAGCAAUUUAUUAAAAUUUCGCCCAUUUGGGGUAAUUGGCAACGCCAGCUAACAAAACUCUCUAAAAAAACAGUAGAAUGGCGAAUUAUCGAUGGUGAUCAUCAGUUUUUCAAAAAUGGAAAUGGGGCUGAACAAGCACAAGAUGUACUUUUGAGAUUGAUCAAUGAAUGA